CGUUUUGCAUCACCAAUCUUGUUCUUAUCAUUUUGGGACGGCACCUGCACAGAAGAAGAAGAAGAAGAAGAAGAAGAAGAAGAACGAUAGUAAUGGAAAUCAAGCCCGGUUUGUCAGCACUCGUUACCGGUGGUGCCUCUGGAAUCGGCAAAGGUCUUGCACUAGCUCUUGCAGAGAAGGGUGUAUUUAUCACGAUCGUGGAUUUCUCUGAAGAAAAGGGAAGACAAGCUGCAAUCCUCGUCGAGAAAAUUAACUCCAAUUUUCAUUCUAAGUUAGGAUUUCCGUCUGCCAUAUUUGUGAAAUGUGAUGUGAGUAAUGCAAGGGAUCUAGCUGCUGCAUUUGAAAAGCAUUUUUUGACAUAUGGAGGACUAGACAUUUGUAUUAACAGUGCGGGGAUUAGUAGUUCUGUACCAUUCCGUGAUGAUCAAACGGAUGGCACCCGAACAUGGAGAUACACUGUUAAUGUGAAUUUCACUGCUGUUAUUGAUUCCACUCGCCUUGCGAUUAAAAUCAUGGAAGCUUCCAAAAGGCCUGGUGUGAUUAUCAACUUGGGUUCUGCUUCUGGUCUUUAUCCAAUGGUGGCUGACCCAAUUUACAGUGGCUCUAAAGGUGGUGUUGUUAUGUUUUCUAGAUCACUUCGUCUAUACAAACGUCAAGGAAUUCGAGUCAAUGUGCUUUGCCCUGAGUUUGUUGAAACUGAGAUGGGAAAUAAGAUUGAUCCCAAGAUCAUCAAUUUGAGUGGGGGCUUUGUACCUAUGGAAAUGGUGGUGAAAGGUGCUUUUGAGCUCAUUAUGGAUGAAAGUAAAGCUGGUCAUUGUCUGUGGAUUACAAAUCGUCAGGGCAUGGAGUACUGGCCCUCUCCAUCUGAAGAAGCAAAGUACUUGAUACGUUCCUCUCGUUUCAGGAGAAGAUCCGAUUUCAAAGCUCCAUUAAUUAAAAUUCCUGAGAGUUUUGAGAAAAUAGUUGUUCACACCUUGACUCACAACUUUCGGAAUGCUACCAGCAUAGUGAGAACACCUCUGAGAUUACCUGUCAAACCAAAACAUGUUCUUGUUAAGAUAAUUUUUGCUGGUGUCAAUGCUAGUGAUGUAAAUUUUAGCUCAGGCCGCUAUUUUGGUGGCAACAACAAUGAUGUUGUUUCUCGUCUUCCAUUUGAUGCAGGAUUUGAGGCUGUAGGGAUAAUUGCAGCAGUUGGGGAUUCUGUCACUGACUUGAAAGUUGGUAUGCCUUGUGCAUUCAUGACUUUUGGAGGCUACGCUGAAUUCUUAAUGAUUCCUUCAAAACAUGCUCUUCCGGUGCCUAGACCAGAUCCUGAAGUUGUUGCCAUGCUUACAUCGGGAUUGACUGCCUCAAUUGCUCUAGAAAAGGCAGGACAGAUGGAAUCUGGAAAAGUGGUCCUUGUUACUGCUGCGGCAGGAGGAACGGGGCAAUUUGCUGUUCAGCUAGCAAAAUUAGCAGGAAAUACAGUGGUUGCAACUUGUGGAGGUGGGGCAAAAGCCAAGCUUCUGAAAGAUUUGGGAGUUAACAGAGUCAUAGACUAUCAUAGUGAAGAUGUAAAAACUGUUCUAAGGGAAGAGUUCCCCAAAGGUAUUGACAUCAUCUAUGAGUCUGUUGGCGGUGACAUGUUAAACUUGUGCUUGAAUGCUUUGGCUGUUCAUGGACGACUCAUUGUUAUUGGCAUGAUUUCUCAGUAUCAAGGAGAGAAGGGUUGGACGCCAUCAAAAUACCCUGGACUAUUGGAGAAGCUCUUAGCAAAGAGCCAAACAGUGUCUGGCUUUUUCCUGGUGCAAUAUGGUCACUUGUGGCAAGAACAUCUUGACAGACUAUUUAAUCUUUACUCUUCGGGAAAGCUAAAGGUUGCUAUUGAUCCAAAGAAAUUUAUAGGCCUGCAUUCUGCUGCAGACGCUGUUGAAUAUCUCCAUUCAGGCAAAAGUGUUGGGAAGGUUGUCGUCUCCGUGGACCCAAGCUUCCUUCCUCAAGUGGCCAAAUUGUGAAUCAACCCAUGUCAAAUGACCUCACAGAUUAUAUUAUAGCUCUUUCAAAUUAAAAAGGAUAAGUUAAACGUGCAGCUCUUGUGCAAGUAAUUUUGUCGAAUGUUUCUGAAAUUUGCUGCAUCAGCUCAAUGCCAAAGCUGAAACGUUCUCAAUGCUUUUUCAUUUUUUAGGUUACUUAUGCAAUUGUGAGUUUAAAAAAUAAAAAUCUGUAAGAAAAUGGAGCAAGGUAUACCACCUUUACGUUCAUAGUUUAUACUAUAGAACACCUUUCAUAUCAUGAACAAUUGUAUAUUUUGACUCUCGGUGAAAACUGGCCACUCUUUCCUUUAUUUGCAUUGUUACUUAAAAAGUUGAAACUGUUGUUCAA